UGUUACAAAAGAAACGAAGAAUACUCUAAUGUUUGGACAACACCAAUUAUGGGUUUUUUUAGUAGUAGUAGUCUCGCUGGCCUUGCAGUGUACCGCGAAACCAACAUUAGCUGAAACUAAUAAAUUCCUGAUCACUUUAGGGAAUGAUCAGUAUGAAGAUGGUAAAAAAUUAGAAACACUAGUGUUGGAGCCACGACCGCCAACUCAAGACGAUACUAAAUUAAAGAUAAAAUUUAUACCAAUAUCACUUCUACACAAGCUACAACCAUCACCGCUCUACAUGCAUCAAAAAAUAGAAGGAGACGUGACUCAAGCUAGCAUAGCGAUUCCGUUGCAAGAAGUACAAUUAGAAGACGAACCGAACCUUGAAACAUCUGGAAACUACGGAAUAUUAAUCCAACAAGACGAAGAUCCAAAAUCAAGAUCACAAAACAUUCACAUAAUACGAAUGCCAAAAUCGGAAUUGGGAAAACAUCUGGUACACGGACUUACACCACUAAAAGGUCAACAACCAUUUUUUCAACUACAAACAAAACAACAAGGUCCAGAGGGAGCACCAGGAUUAACUAUAUAUUUGUGGUAAAAAGGGUAUGAUAUAAGUUUUUCAAAAAAAAGUGCCAAUGUAAAAUU